CAAUCAGGAGCUGAAUCAGCUAUUGAAGGAGUCGGAUGGUGCGCUGGUCUGGACACGGAAGGAACUCGCGAAGAGCAGCGAGCAUGUAGGUCACCUGGAGGCGGAGCUGCAUAAGGGACGGGAGCUCAUAAACCAGCAACAGAAGCGCCUAGAUGUCUUGGACAUCCAACACGCUGCUUAUUGACCUGCACCACGAGCAAGAGCAAAAUUCUCUGAGGCUGCGUACGAGGAACAAUGAGCUGGAAACGAUGAUCAGUGAGCUGCAGGAGAAGUUGAAGCUCACAGAAAUCCAGCUGGACGCCAAUGACCAAAGGGAGGAGCAGUUGCACUCGGAUCUGGAAAUCGUGAAGAUGGAGCUGUUCCGGUCCGAGCAGGUGACGAACCAGCUCUGCUCGAAGGAGGAGCAUCUAGGCCGCGUUUUUGAAAAACUAAAUCGCCAGGAGGAGAAGCUCAGGCGCCUGGAGGAGCUUACAGACGUGAGCUCAAAUGACAAUGCUCGCCUCUUAAAGUUGCGGGAUAGGCAGCACGAGAAGAACAUCCAAAUGGACUGGGAGAUUUCUUAACUAAAAGACACCAUGUAGGUACCGGAGCAGUCAGACAGCCUACUAUAAGUGGCUUCCUAGAGUUGUAAGGAACUGAGAGAUUAUAUUUUCAACAAUACACAGCCAGCGGCUGAAGUUCUUGGCUUCCAAGCUGGCGGCUACUCCAUGCAUCCAGAAUAUCUGAAUUUACAGCCGCAGGCGGAGACGCAGGGAAAUUUCGGAAUCCACUGUUACAUACCUCGAGCCGCUGAACGGUCAUUUUGUCCAUCAGCACGAUUUGAGCAACCAUCAGCCACAGCAGCGCCACCAUUUUUCCACCAUCGGCUACCAGGACCACUGAGCACUGAGAUCACCAUUAGCAUCACCAGCGUUAUCCGCCACCGGAAGCAGACCAGACAAUACGAAAAACACUCUGAACACUCAUCGGCAAAAUUUAUUGUGAACUUUUUAGUCAAUACUGUAGAAUAAAUUCGCGUUGUACUUAUA